UCCCACUCACCCCAGCGGCAUAUCGUCCCAGACAGACGGCAUCCACGUCCUUGGCCUUGGGCCUCACCUAUUUCCAUUCCAUUCUCCACUCAUCCGGCCCCGCGCGCCAUUCGAUCCUCUUCUCGACUUCUCCACUACUCGCCAGUCGCCAUGCAGCAGCAAGAUGGGUUGGGCAAGCGGCUGCUGCUCAGGGUCGCCGCGCUGUGCCACGGGAGUAGCAAGCUGCCGCCGCCGCCGGCUCCUCCGGCCAUGGCGGAAAUGCCGAGGGUGGAGAUGGCCGGCGACGGCCGCGUCGAGCACCUCGAGAAGUUCUCCCACUACGUCGCUCGGCAGAUUGGGUUCGAGGACGCGAGCGAGUGCCCCCACCUGUGCAAGGCGGCCAACAACUACCUCCGGCAGACCAACAACUGCAUGGCGGACGUCUACGGCCUCCUGGACGGCGUCCCGGAGGCCGACGCGCUCUACGUCAAGCUCGUCGACGAGCUGGAGAGAUGCAUCCUCGGCUACUUCGCCUUCCACUGGGACCAUUCCACCACCCUCGUCACCCAGGCCUUGACCGUGGACAGCGCCAACAAAAAGAAGCUGAGGAACGUGAUUCUGGAAGCUAACAGGAAGCAACGGUUCGAGCGGAUCACGAAGGACCUCAAGGUGACGCGUGUGUUCUCCACACUGGUGCAUGAGAUGAAGGCCAUCGGCACGGUGACGGGGAUGAAUGGCGAGGAGGAGGCGCACUGCACCGACGUUAUGGCCCCGGUGGCGCACAGCGACCGGUCCCCGGUGCUGCUGCUGAUGGGCGGCGGCAUGGGCGCCGGCAAGAGCACCGUGCUCAAGGAGAUACUUCAAGAGCCGUUUUGGAUAGAGGCGGGGAAGAACGCUUUGGUGGUUGAGGCGGACGCUUUCAAGGAGACAGACGUGAUCUACCGCGCCAUCAGCUCCAUGGGCCACCACAACGACAUGCUUCAGACGGCAGAGCUGGUGCACAAGUCGUCGACGGACGCGGCGUCGUCGCUGCUGGUGACGGCGCUGAACGAGGGGCGCGACGUGAUCCUGGACGGCACGCUCUCCUGGGAGCCCUUCGUGGAGCAGACCAUCGCCAUGGCCCGGGCCGUGCACUCCCAGCGCCACCGCAUGGGCGUGGGCUACAAGGUGGACGAGGACGGCACCAUCACCGAGAACUACUGGGAGCCCGUCCCCAACGACCAGGACUUUGUCGCCGCCAACAGGGACCGGAAACCGUACCGGAUCGAGGUCGUCGGCGUCGUCUGCGACGCCUACCUCGCCGUCGCCAGAGGGAUCAGGAGAGCGAUCAUGACGGGGAGGGCGGUGAGGGUGAACUCGCAGCUCACGUCGCACAAGAGAUUCGCGGCGGCGUUCCAGAAGUACUGCCAGCUUGUGGACGGGGCCAAGCUCUACAGCUCCAACUCCUUGGGCUCUCCACAGCUGAUCGCGUGGAAGGGCGACAUCAACGGCAGCCUGCUGGUGGAGCCGCGCGAGAUCGACUGCCUGGACAAGGUGAGCAACCUCAACGAGGGCGCCACCUCCCUGCACGACCUCUACCCCGGCGGCGCCACCACCUGCGGCUCCCGCUCCAUCUGGGACGACAUGAUCGUCGCGCCGUCCCGCGCCACCGUCCAGCGAGAGAUCCGGGAGGCCAUCCGCUCCGUGGAGCCGACGGCAACGCCGACCGCCUUGUAGCAUCCAUGAUCCAUCCAUGUUGUCAUGCAUGUUGAUGUUGCGCGCGCACUGCUGGCCGGGUGUUCUUGAGCCUUAAAAAUGAUCGCGGCCACGGUUUUGACGCGGCGGACCGAGGCGAAUUGGGGCAACUCAAGUUGCUGUGUGUGGUUUUUUUGUGGUAUAGUGGUCGUUGGUACAUACACCAAUGUCUGCAGCUAGCAGUUCAGAUGAAAUGUAUGUUGCGAUCGACAUCCAUUUGAGAGUAAAUAAAUCUUGUAAUUAAUUACCUGAAUAAUAAUAUUUCUAUAUACAAAAGUCCAACUUUUAAUAAUA